GGCUAGGAGCUGGGCUGGAGGCGGGCCAGUUACUCAACACUGGAGAAACGGGUUUCUCUCCUCCUCGCCUGCCUGCCUGUCCGUCUGCAUAGAACAGAGCAGAGGAGCUGUGUCAUGUGUAAUUUAAUACCAGACGCAGGCUGACUGAGCCUCACUGCACACAGAGAGCCCUCUCACAGCCUGAGAGGCAGGCAGGAGAGGCAGGCAGGCUAAGCAGGCAGACUUCCAGGGUCCGGCUCAGCCCUCCAUGACAGGACAAAGAGCAGGGGAUGAGGGACCGACCAGAGCCCUAGUGAGGGACCGACCAGAGCCCUACUGAAGGACCGACCAGAGCCCUAGUGGACCCAUCAACGUCUCCCUCUCCCCGUGGCCAGCUGUAGCCUGCCUUCCCUGGCACCAGCAGAAACCCAAGGUCAUCUCUGAUUGCACAAGGCCAUCCCUCUCCCCUUCCCUCCCUCUUGUUCCAGUCUUGCCACUCCCCCAUCUCCCAGUGGUGGCAUUGGAGCUCCCAGGAUGCGGCUGCUCAGCGCUCUGCUGCUCCUCCUGCUCCUCAGGUCCACUGAGCCCAGGAAGGGUGGACGGAACAGAGAAAGGGGCAGGGCCCGGGGUAAAGGCAGGGCCAAUGCUGUCAAACGCCAAACCUCUGAAUGCAAGGAAUACAUGGAGGCCGGAGAGAAAUACCUGGACUGUCAGGACCGCCAGCUGACCGGGGUGCAACAGCACUGGCCUGAAGACAUCCACCACCUCCUGCUGGCCCGCAACAAGAUCCAGGUGCUCAGAGACAACACCUUCUCCCAGUUCAAGAACCUAAAGAGUCUGGAUCUACAACAGAAUGAGCUCUACAUGGUGGAGGAGGAGGCGUUCGCAGGGCUGGGACAGCUCACUACUCUGCUUCUUCAGCACAACCAGAUGAAGACAGCUUCUGAGGAGCACCUGCUGCCCUUGCCAAACCUCCGCUACCUGCGUCUCUAUGACAACCCCUGGGACUGCCGGUGCUCGCUGGAUAGUCUGGUCAGGACCCUGCAGGUGCCCAGCAACCGUAACCUAGGGAACUACGCCAAGUGUUCGGAGCCGGACGCGCUGAGAGGUCAGAAGCUGAAGAAGAUGAGGCCAGAGCUGCUGUGUGCUGAGGAUGGGGAGGGCCAUCUGCCAGGGCAGAAACCUCAGGAGGGGCAGGGCAGUCUGCCCAAACCACCUCCCAUCAAGAAGUACCCUGAUGCCAACUCCUUGUGCCACACCUACAUGUUCCCCAAACCCAUGCUGGACUGCAAGAGCAAAGAACUGAAGAACAUCCCCUCAAGUCUCCCGUCAGACAUUGUGAGGAUGGACUUGUCCAGUAACAACAUCACUCAGCUCCGGCCCAAGGAGUUUGUUGCUGCCAGGGACCUGAAGCUUCUCAACCUCAGCAGUAACAGUCUGGAUCAGAUCGACACAGCUGCGUUUGCGGGCCUCCUGUACCUGCGAGAGCUGGACCUGUCCAACAACAGCCUGCACUACUUCCAGUACGGAGUGUUGGAGGACCUGUACUUCCUCAGGAUGCUGAAUCUGGGGGAUAACCCCUGGGUCUGUGACUACAACAUCCACUACCUGAUCUACUGGCUGAAGCAUCACCCCGGGGUGGCCUACUCUGGCCUAAUCUGCACCGAGCCUCAGGAGUUCAGGGGCUGGCCCGUGGAGAAUUAUGUCAAGACCUACAACGGAGAGUGUCCCAAGGAUAAGGAUCCACAGCUAGGGAAGGGUGAUACAGGACAGGGACAGACGGCUCAGGAGCUAGUGGCCGAGACAGAGGAGGCGGAGAUGGAGCUUCUGCCGAAGCCUCUGAGAGACCCCAGACCAAAGAAAUAUGAGGUCACCAGGUUGACUUAAUAGGACAGAGUUGGAAAUUAGAAGAGAACUGUUGUUGUUGUUUUCUAUUAUCACAGAACAUUCCAAUUCAGUCUAUCAGAGUUUUUUUUUUACUUUCGAAUUCCCAACAGCAUGACCAAUGCAGGACAGCUGGAUUCCCAACAGCAUGACCAAUGCAGGACAGCUGGAUUCCCAACAGCAUGACCAAUGCAGGACAGCUGUAUUCCCAACAGCAUGACCAAUGCAGGACAGCUGGAUUCCCAACAGCAUGACCAAUGCAGGACAGCUGGAUUCCCAACAGCAUGACCAAUGCAGGACAGUUGGAUUCCCACCAGCAUGACCAAUGCAGGACAGCUGGAUUCCCAACAGCAUGACCAAUGCAGGACAGCUGGAUUCCCAACAGCAUGACCAAUGCAGGACAGCUGGAUUCCCAACAGCAUGACCAAUGCAGGACAGCUGGAUUCCCAACAGCAUAACCAAUGUAGGACAGUUGGAUUCCCACCAGCAUGACCAAUGCAGGACAGCUGGAUUCCCAACAGCAUGACCAAUGCAGGACAGCUGGAUUCCCAACAGCAUGACCAAUGCAGGACAGUUGGAUUCCCAACAGCAUGACCAAUGCAGGACAGUUGGAUUCCCAACAGCAUGACCAAUGCAGGACAGCUGGAUUCCCAACAGCUUGACCAAUGCAGGACAGCUGGAUUCCCAACAGCAUGACCAAUGCAGGACAGCUGGAUUCCCAACAGCAUGACCAAUGCAGGACAGCUGGAUUCCCAACAGCAUGACCAAUGCAGGACAGCUGGAUUCCCAACAGCAUGACCAAUGCAGGACAGCUGGAUUCCCAACAGCAUGACCAAUGCAGGACAGUUGGAUUCCCACCAGCAUGACCAAUGCAGGACAGUUGUUGCUGUUUUCGUUACAAGAAUAUUUCGUUGUGGAUAUACUUUUUUGAAAAAGUAGAGGUUGAUAUAUUUUUUACGAUAUCCAAUUGUUAGUUACAGUGUUGUCCCAUCGCUGCAACUCCUGUACGGACUAGGGAGAAGCGAAGGUCGAGAGCCAUGAGUCCUCCGAAGCACCAAUAUGUCAGAGGAAACAUGCAUGCACGCAGCUACCACAAGGAGUCACUAGAGAGCAACGGGACAAGGACAUCCCAGCCGGCCAAACCCUCCCUAACCCAAACAAUUGUGCGCCGCCUCAUGGUCGCGGCCGGCUGCGACACAGCCCGGGAUCGAACCCAGAUCUGUAUUGACUCCUCAUAUAGAUGGGAGGCCCGAGGUACAUUUCUUCUAAAUGUAUGAUUUAGACAAUCUGUUCAUGAAAUAAAAGCAAUUUUUUUUCU